AUGUCUUUUGUCGGCUACUUCCCGUUCGUCUCCGAUGUCGCCUACCUGUCCCCCCUAGUCUCGGAAGAGUCGCCUGCCAGUGCCGCGCCCGAGACCCCUCCUCUCGACAUGGACCUCGUCGAUUUCGCUCAAUUCAAGGCAAACCCAUUCCCGCAAGCCAGCGCGGGCGCAGGCACUGGUGGCUACGAUUCACGUGGGCUGCGCGGGAUAGUCGGGGAUGUGUUUUCUUACCCGUAUGACUCGCGCCUCCACCCAAAAGCCCACCUCCGAGUCUCCCCCAUUACACUGGAGGAUGAUCUGACUUUAUCUGAAGUUCAAUCCCCGGUGUCGCGGUGGGUGAGGACCCAAGGGCGGGGGCGGGCCCACGUAACUCCUGUUACCCCAGUAACUGCGCCAGAAGGGAUCAAGGACGCCUUCAUACGUGGUCCCGAAGCCUGCAACAUCACGUUCCACGGAUACGGCAAGGAGAACGUCCCAGCAGUUGGACCAAACCCCGGGCAAGUAUCGUCUCACCCCCGGAAUGCAGAACGUUUCUUUCUCCCAGAUGUCGGACCGACCGAGGCCGCCGACCCCUGGCUGGAUGCCGCAUUCGAUGCCAUACCCGACCAGCUCAUAUGUCUGAGCGACGACGGUCCUGCGACAGAUACCUGGUGUGGGUUGAAGCGAGUUCGGGCCCCUAGCUUUACGUUAGAGGAUUCCUACUUGCCUCCACCUAAGAAGGCGAAGAUUAUGGAUCAAGCGGCGACCCACCCUACAGCAGGGCCGAGCACGGCGCCCGCCGUCAAAUUGCGUAAACGCAGAUCGAACUCGAAGUCUGCGGCAAAGCACAAGCGUGCGCGUCGUCGGUCUCGCGAGGAUGUCGACGCGCUGCUCGUCCCGGACUGCCCGAACGUCGGCUGUCCUGUAGAGGGAUGCACCGGGAUCCUCAACGCGUCCCGGCGUACAGACAACUUGACGCACCUCAAAACCCACUACGUCGAAGGUGCUCUUCAUUCGCCCACGGGGGUCAAGUGUCUCUGGUGCCCCGCGCAGAAGAAGCUUGUUCCUGGUAACGCGCUUGUGGAUCACGUCGGGCAGAAGCACCUCCAUGCCAAGUACCGCUGUCCCUACUGGGACAAGGAGGGCGUGCUUUGCACGAAGACGUUCAAGAAGCCGGGGUACACAAACACCCACAUGCUGAAAGUCCACAGCGCGCCCCACUGGAGCUCCGAGUUCCGCUCAAUUCUAGGAGGGUCCACGCCGCAAUGA